AGCAAUCUUGUCCCGGGCAAGCUUUGCUUCAAACAGCCAGAGACAAGGAGCAACCAUGGCCACGACCGCCUCCACACUGCCCCAGGGCUUCCUUGAGGGCCCCGCACCCAACCUCACAAAGACCAAGAUCGACUUUGCCAAAGGCGGUAUACCAGAGUGCGAGAAAUCCUGGGCCGUCGUGCUGGACGGCGUGCUGACCGAGGAAGAGUGCGAGACACUAGUCAGAGCAGCUGAAGCAACGACCGACGGCAAAUGGGAGAGAGCCAUGGUCAAUGUCGGCGGCGGGCUUCAGGCCAUGUAUGAAGACACCAGGAAAUGCGGGCGCAUAAUCUGGGACAACAAGGACAUCAUGGCCAAAAUAUGGGCGAGAGUCGAGUCGUCGGUGCCGGAGAUCCAUACUCUACAGAACUGGGCAGAAGUCACGGGAAAUGGUCCUGUCAAGCGGGGUGAGACUUGGGUAGUGACCAGGCUGAACGAGCGGGGCCGAUAUCUCAAGUACACCGGCGGCGAGUACUUCAAGCCCCACUGUGACGGCGCAUACGAGACACCUGAUCGCACCGAGCGCUCAUACUUCACGCUGCACCUAUAUCUCAGCGAUGCUUUUGGCAAGGAUGGCACGAAGCAGCUGGAAGGCGGCGCCACAACCUUCUUCAAUGGAAGCAUGACCCGGCGCAUAGACGUCACACCAAAGAUUGGCCGUGUCCUGCUUUUCCAGCAUUGUCUUUUGAUCCAUAGCGGCGGCGACGUGGUAAGCGGGACAAAGUACACGCUACGAACAGACAUUAUGUAUGCGUUGAAAGAAAAUGUGGAAAAGCUGCAAAAGUAGACGACGCUACCAGCAUGGCGCGGGCGUUGUUUGAUACUAAAACCGUCGUUUCAUUUUUUUUCGUUAGCAGUAUCCUCGAACC